CCAACCAACGGGUCGCGUAUGCUACAGUGCUACACUCGUCGGAUCGCUACGUGUGUGGCGCAAUAGUACUGGGGCAAAGCAUAAGGAGGACGGGCAGCACGCACGAGAUGGUUGUGCUUGUAUCGAAGGAGAUUCAAGAGGAGAGCAGGCGAGGGCUCGAGGAGGCGGGGUGGACGGUGAAGGAGAUUGAGAGGAUUCGCAACCCCCACGCACUCAAUGGGACUUAUAACGAGUGGAAUUACAGCAAGCUGCGGCUGUGGCAGCAGACGGAGUACACCAAGCUGCUCUUUAUUGACUCGGACCUGCUCCUCUUGAACAGCAUUGACUUUCUCUUCUCCUACCCCGAGAUCUCCGCUCGCGGAAACGACGGCACAGAUUUCAACUCAGGCGUGAUGGUCUUGGAGCCGUCGGAUUGCAUGUUUGACCUGCUGAUGGCAAAUCUAGAGCGAGUGCGGUCGGAGAAUGGAGGUGACCAG